AUGGAACAGGAGAUCCUGAUGGAAUUUGCUGGUCUGGCCAUGGUUCGGCACUCCUUUUCCGGUCACACGCUUUUCGCGCCCAUACCUGGGAGCCAAGCUCGGAAUUCGUCUCGGGAUCAGUACCUAGUCUACCAAGCGUGCUUGAAACGACCACGUGAUGAACUUGGUUCCGCUCGAGGAUUGAGUUUCUUGCAAUGGCUGCGACACUUCCGCGUGGUAGACGUUGAGAAGCAGAUAGUCGCCAAAAGAAACGCUGCCGGGCCAGCAAGAGAUCACGAUUGCGGGGUCGCCAUCACCUUUCCAUUCGAGCUCUUGGAUAUUUUCAUUGGUGCCUGGGCAGCGACUUUUCUUCCGAACAUGGAAGAAUUCCGGCUGUUUCCGGAGACAGAUGAAGACGCAAGGAACUAUCCGGCAAGUCUCGCUGCAGAGAGAUCUCGUCGCUCCUCUUUUGUCGCCCCCGAAGGGUGCAAGCACUUGAAGGCUGUUUUGUGUCUGGACGAGUUUCAACUCUAUCGCAGAGACUCGCUGGUGUUCCAUCCGAAUGUUGGAGAACUUCUGUCAAGAGUGGAAACAGAUCUCACUCUGAGAGGACUCACGGCAGACCGCAUUGCCACUUUCAAAGCCAGGAUUCAUGCAUGUGCUCUUUUACUCUGUGCCUUCCGAGAUGGACGCGAAGAUCCAGGAUUGUGGCGAGCCCGUGCGGUACCCGAUCCUCCUAGCCGCAUUUGGUCGCCGGAGCAACAGCAGGUGUUGGAGCACGUGAAGCGAGGAACCAGCAUUAGCGAUGCCGCUGAAAUGACCCAGGCAUGCCGAGUGUUGCAGGUCGCCGGCGGGCCAGGCACGGGCAAGACGGAGGUCAUCAUUGCGGCGGUGCGCCAAGCCCUGCAAGACGGCUGUCGCGUCUUGAUUGCAGGUCCAAUCGGUCUCCUGGUGUCCAUGUACAGAUUGCGCUUGCCCAACCUCCACAAUUUGACCAUGGAGACGGUGCAUUCCGCUUUUCGAAUUACCAGAGAUGCCGAUGCAGCUUACAUUCCGCCAGGCCGACUUCGUCAGUACGACCUCAUUGUUAUUGACGAGGUCAGUCAGAUUGAAGCGGCCGUGUGGAGGAAACUGCAGACUGGCCUUGGAGAGUUGACGCCAUGUCCAUUUCUGGUGUUCGUAGGAGACUUCCAACAGCUUCAGCCGCUGCAAGGAGGACCUGCUCUGCAAACUGAUCUGGAUCGAGAGCGAGCCGAAGGUCACAUCCUGUAUGUGAAGCUCGAGCAACAUGAAGCGGCUCGCUCGGUGGACCCGACCAUGCUCGCUUUCCUGGAGGCGGCAAGAGUGCAACAGCCAUCCCGAGAAGAACUGACGGCUUUCUUUGCAGGCAGACUCUGGUCUACAAAUCUUCAAGCGGCAGCUUCGCGUGCACUUGCCGUGGAAGCCGAGACUGGGUCUAACUUCACGUUCUUGUCAGUGACUAAUCGCGGAGCCGCAGCCCUGAACCUUGCACGGCUCGGUCUUGAGUUUCCGGAGGCGGCAGCGACACUUCGGUCCGGCGGAGGAAUUCCGGCGGAAAAUGACCAGGUCGUGGUGGCUCCGGGUAUGAGGUUGCGCCUCACACAGAACGUAGAUAAAGAGAGAGGCUUUGUGAACGGGAACGCAGGCAAAGUUCGAUGUCUUCUUCGUGCCGACGUGUUCGUGCUUGACUCGGACCAGGGCCUGCCAAUUUUGAUCCAUCCCAUUUCACAACAGGGGCGCAAGUUUCUGCCGGUCGCGUACGGUUGGGCUACGACCAUGAGGCGUGCCCAAGGGGCCACUCUUCAGAAGGUCGGGUUAUGGUUCGACCGCCGACUUCCCGACAGAGGCUAUGCUUACGUCGGGUUGUCGAGAGCGAAGAAGUGCCAGGACGUGUUUCUGCUAGACAAAAUCCGUCGCACUGAUUGGAGACCCGUGGGUGGAGACAGCAAUCCCGAAGAACAGAACAAGCUCUCGGUUUUCAGUGAAAGCACGCACAGCAGUGACGUGGACUAUGGCUGUUCAGAGUCCGAGGAGGACGAGCCCAGUCUGGAUAGCGAAUCCACGGAGGUGUCUAUGAGUCCCGAAGCGAGCUACUCGUUGGAGAUCUCUCCGGAGCAGUCCAAUUCCCGACGAAGCGAAUCGACCGAGGACAGCAGAGAUUGA